GUCGGAUUCCCGAUGCACACUUGGUUUUUGUGAACAUCACCGGGGGAUGGAGUAGAGGGAAGUAUGGAUUCCAAUGACGAAAAACCAAGCAAAGCUGUUGAUAUAUAUCGAGAUACAUGGGUCCGCUUCCUAGGCUAUGCCAAUGAAGUUGGGGAGGCCUUUCGUGCUCUGGUACCAGUGAGUUUUGUCUGGGGCACCUAUGCGGUUGCCACUGCAUAUGUCACUGCUGAUGCAGUCGAUAAAGGGAAGAAAGCAGCUGUGGCCCAUGGGGACAACCCAGGGAAGACAACACGGGUAGCGGUUGCAGUCGUGGACACGUUUGUGUGGCAGGCCCUGGCCUCUGUGAUCAUCCCAGGCUUCACCAUUAACCGCGUUUGCGCUACAUCACUGUACCUGCUGGGCAGAAGCACCAAGUGGCCUCUGCCUGUUCGCAAGUGGACCACAACAGCCAUAGGCCUCUCCACGAUCCCCUUCAUCAUUUCUCCAAUAGACAAGUCAGUGGAUUUCUUGCUGGACUCAAGUCUCCGGAAAGUCUACAAUGCAGGAGAGAAGCAUGAAUAAAAAAAGGAAUUGUCUGGGACAGACAAACACCACCAGUCUGUAGAGCAGCACUGAUUGUCAUGAAGCUUUGUAAAAAGAGGCUUCACGGAGGAAAAAUUAUUGAAACCUAUUAGUUUUUAAUUUAGAAUGGAAAUAUUUAUAAAGUGGUUCAGGGAAACUUGGUGGCUUGGUGUUUAACAUCGUUACCUCACAAAAAAGGGCCUUUUUCUGUUCAGUUUGUAUGUUUCUCUCUAUGUUUGUAUGAAGACAAGAUGGGAACAUGUGCAGAAUCACGCUUGUUAGUUUCAUUGGUGUUUCUCAUUUGUCAGUAGAUAUGAAUGUGGGUGUGCAUUGUCUUCUGUUUCUCUUUAUGUGUCCCUGUGAUGGACUGGGGUGUAUUCCACGUCUUACUCAGUCAGUGUGGUUACUUGCACAUAUAAAUAAAGCUAUUGGCAACAAUCUAGCUAAACUGGAGUUUCUGAGAAAUCCAAGUAUAUAUGCGCAAGAAAACAAUUGAUUACUGAGUGAGGUGUGUUCAACUGCUAGGGGACGCCACACGCACUUUUGCAUCACUCAGCAUGCAAACAUACUGAGUGACAGUGAGGAACGGCUUCAGUCCCCCUGUGACCCUGACUGGGAUGACAAUGCUGUAGAAAUAUGUUUGAUUAAUUUGUUAAAAGUGAAAUCCUGCUGUAUACAACAACAUCCUGGGGAUACUUAAUUUGGGCUGCAUCAUAGAAGGACGAUUGAAUGGAAAUGCAACAGUAUCAAACUGUACAAAUUCCUUAUCCUUUGGCAGGGUUUCAGUAUCCUAAUGUAUUUCUCCGGUCUUGUGGCAUUUUGCAGCAUAUUGUAGCUUCGGUAGAGUGUGGUAUGGCAGAUGGCUCUUUUUUUGUACCAUCUCAGUUAAGGUCCCAAGUGAAUUGAACUGAAACUAAAUGGGGAAAUAUUGAUACUGUGGACCUCUGAUUUUAACAAAGAAUAGUGGCAGGAAUUGUUACAAGAUAGGCAUCAUGACCCAAUAAAGAGCACUAUUUUUCAAACGGGAAAGCAAAGCUGCUAGUAGCUUUUAUUAACUUGUCAUUCAGCCUCAAUUGAAAGUGGCAAGUGCACGCUUGUGGGAAACCUGCUACUCACUGAGCCAUACUGUAUACUGUACCAUAACACAUAGUUAAAAAAACAAAACAACAACUGGAGACAUGGAAAGCCUCCAAAUUUGCCCCCUUGGGCCAAAGCUAUGAGCUGUUAUUCUGGUUUGUGCUUCGUUUUAAGACAUCAGGGUGGUUAUAUACUGUAUAUACCCGCACUUUUAAUCAGCCAUAAUCAGCGUUACUGUAAUGAUAAGGCCAUAAAGCCACUAUGAUCCCAAACAAAGUCAUUAACUUGACUUUGAUUCUUCGUUUCUUUUCAAAGAUAAAAUGUUCUGUUACUUGGAGUAACAAAGUUACAAUAGUUAAGAGUUGUCAUCUUAUGCACUUUUCCAUUGUUUUAUUUUUACACCAUAGUAAAAAUUUACAGGAUUCUGUGCAAUCUGUGUAAUCAAUAUGUGCAAUACUGUAAUGUAUUGGAAGUAUGUGAGAGACAGCAGUGUGACACAUCUGUAACUAAGUUCAAACGGUCUCUCCAGCACCAUAUGUCAAAAUGUUUUGACUCAACUUUGAGAGACAAUAUGCAAUUUUGUGUUUCAGGUUGGUUAAUAAGAGCUCAUAAAUACACUGAUCAUUCAGCCUCCAAAACACAUGUAACCAAACAAGCUGUGUGUAUUUCUUAAUUUAAUUCAGAAGAUUUAAAUGUACAUUUCAGCUGAACUAAAUUAAAUUAGUUUUACUUCUCAGAAGGUUGUGAAGAUCAGAGUAAUAUCUAUGCAGAAAAUGGAAAUGAUUAAUAGUGUAUAUUUUAUUAUUGUCAGUUCUAAGAUACUGUAUUUACAUGUCAUACAAAAGAGGAAAAAAAGAAUAAUUAAAUUAAAAAGGGAAAUCUGAUGAUGUGCCAUUGUAAGAUGGCACAGAGAAUUUAGAGGACAUGUUUAUCAGUUUUUGUGCUAUGACACACCUGGGUACUAUUUGAACAAAAUCUGUUAUUUUUUUCAAUAAAUAUCUACAUACAUGAAUAAAUGUGUCCAUCCCACACUCAUUUGUUUUUGUCAUGAAUGGAGAUUUCUGAUU